AAGUGUAACGGGUUAUUCUUCCUCCAAACCUGAAAUGGCCGCCUCUGGCACAGAGGAGGCCGUUUGCUUGAUUAGCAACGUCACUCACUCACUCAUGGAAAACGAUGUCGAAAACAAGCUCAAUGUUCACUCAGAACAGCAACAACAUCAACAAGAUGAAAUUGAAGAUGAAGUAGAAGAUGAAGAGGUUUCGAGUUCUUUGGAUUCUGAAAUCGGUGAUGCGUUGGACUUGUUGGAUUCGAAGGAUGAGGAUGUAGGCUACUCCUUUUUCCUCAAUUCGCGGCGCCCCAAUUCUCACGGUGGCCACCACCACUAUUUCUCAACUCUUCAACCUCGCACCAAUCGCAACCAAAGGUUCUCCAACCGCAUUCGAGCCUCACCCUUGGAGGAGUGGGAAGGGAGGAUGAAUGUUGGCAUGUCUAACUCUGUGAUCACAGCAAUUCGUGGAAGCGUUAGAGAAAGUGCUAUUGGGAAGACUAAAACUACAGAUAAAGCAGACCGAGCAACUGUUGAACAGGCAAUUGAUCAAAGAACACGCAUGGUUUUGUAUAAGAUGAUGAACAGAGGUGUCUUUGAUGAUAUCAAUGGAUGCAUUUCAACCGGCAAGGAAGCAAAUGUUUAUCAUGCAACUAAAUCUGGUGAUCAAGAACUUGCAAUAAAAGUAUACAAAACAUCUGUUUUGGAAUUUAAGGACAGAGCUAGAUUUGUGCAAGGAGACUUCCGGUUUAGAAAUGGAUACUGCAAGCAUAAUAAGACGAUGGUAGAAAUAUGGGCAAAGAAAGAAAGGGGGAAUCUUAUGAGGCUUAAGGCAGCAGGAAUUAGGUGUCCUACACCAUAUCUUCUGCGACAAAAUGUUCUGGUUAUGGAAUUUAUAGGAAAAUCUGAUUGGGCUGCCCCUCGUCUUAAAGAUGCUGCUUUAUCUUUAGACAAGUUGCGGGAAGGCUAUGUUGAGAUUAUUAUUGCAAUGCGGACAUUGUAUCAGAAAUGCAAAUUGGUGCAUGGAGACCUGAGUGAAUAUAAUAUACUAUAUUAUGAGGGUCACUUGUAUAUUAUUGAUGUUUCUCAAGCCGUCGAACAUGAACAUCCCCAUGCCCUAGAUUUUCUGCGUGAAGAUUGUGUUCAUGUAUCUGAUUUCUUUAAAAAGCAUGGUGUUGCGGUCAUGACAAUAAGAGAACUGUUUGAUUUUAUUGUUGACGCAACAAUAGCUGAUGAUGCUCUGGAUGGUUACUUGGAAGAGAUGCAACGAAAAAUUUUGGCAAGAGGUGAUGUAUCUGUAGAGGAUGAGAUUGCAGACUCUGUAUUUGUGCAGUCUUUCAUUCCAAAGACACUUGAUGAUGUUGAGAAUGCUGAGGAGGAUGUACAACGGAUAAGAAGUUGGAAGGACACUAAAGAUUUAUACUACCUCACCAUUACUGGGCUUAAACAUGCUCUGUCAUUAACUCGGUCUUCACAGCAGAAAUCAAGUGCCACAAAAGAUUCAUCGAUCAUUUCUGACGAUAAAUCUGAGAACUUGGAGGAUGAUGCUGAGGUUGAAUCUGACGAUGACGAGGAGGAAGAUGGCGAAAGUGAAGCACUGGAUCAUGCAGAUAAAAAAGCUGCUAGAAAAGAGGGUAGGAAAGAUAAUAAGAAGAAGGUGAAAGAGGAGAAAAGAGAAGCACGGAAAACUAAAGUCCGUAAGGCUGUUAAGAAAAGAAAGAAAAAGUUGGGGAAAGCACGCAAGACUAGAUAGAUUGGAUAGUAGUUAAGCAGGUAAAUGUAAUGCAAUCUAAUGGAAGACAUUAGAUUGCAAUUACCUUGUGUUAAAUGAACUUUACAAUUUUUUAAUUUUAAAAUAAACACCUUUUCUUUUAUAUUUUUAAUAAAA